GCCCCUCUGCUCCUCCCUCCCUGUUUGAAGACGUGUAACGACGUUGUUCUGUGGAACAGAAAAGCGACAGAAAAAAAGAACAAACAUAGCCUUAUCUUCCUGAUCUGUCCGUUGUACAGGAUAUUACAGAAAGUACAAUCUAAGGGGUUUCUUUCUGAGCGACAUUGCCAGCGACGAAGUUUUAAGUUUAACGGCUGAUUUCUUAUGUUGAUUUCGUCCUUUGAUACGUUCUUCCUGUCUUCAACGGAUUACAAUAUCGAUAUAAACCUUGCAAACUUUCCUACACCUGUUGCAACUCUGCUUUUGGGUUUUUUUCUUUUUUCUAUCCUGUGCGUCUCCACACAUUAAAGCUUAGUUGGUAGCAGACGUUGAGAGCUUCAGCAACAGGCAUGGCAGAUACCACGGAAAGUCCUGCCGCGAACUGCAUGACGAAGUUGAAGAGUUACGUGCGGACCCAAAAAGGAACGAUUCUGGCAGCUGAAAUCAUUCUCAGCGUGAUAAUUCUCAUCUGCUAUGCGGCCUCCUUGUACAGCGGCUACUCGUCGGUGGCCAUCGUAGAGCUGGUCUUUGCCAUCGUCUUCAUGGUCAUCUUCAUGAUGGAGCUGGACAAGCAAAUCCAGUUUAUCAGCUGGCCAUGGAGUGACCUUUUGCGAGCUGCGAUUGGCUCCCUGCUUUACCUCAUCACGUCUCUGAUCUGUCUGAUUGGUGGAGCAGGCGAUGGCGCCCGCAUCGCAGGGGGGGUGUUUGGUUUACUGGCGGGAAUCUUGUUUGGUUACGACGCCUACAUCAUCUACAUGGGCAUAAAAAGCACCAGGCAGCACUCUGCAGCACCCACAGGUGAGGCAUAAAGACAGACUUUAAACUACUCCUGAUCAGCACACAAACAAAACAAAAUACAGCUUAAAAAAAAGGAAAUUCAGGAAAUCAGCAGUUGGCAAC